AAGCGGGCCACCGAUAAGCUUUCCGCGAUGCCCCCGUCGCGUUCUAGUCGGUCUCCGUCGUCGUCGGCACAGUUACACAACCGCCGAGGAAGAUCGCUUGCUCGCUCGCCUCACACCGCCGCGCAUUUCCGACGCCCCGCGAUUGCACUCCUCCCCCACUAGCCUGCCGUUACGUGCUCCCGAAGGACCGGCGACGUUCACGUAAAUCUCUCCGGUGCCGUCGUUCCGAGACGUUCGUUCGCCUUCGCUGCCUGCCGUCGCACCGGAUCUGUCCUCUUCUCUGGCGACCUUGCGGCUAGGAAGACGACGACAACAACAACGCUAGCGGGCUUUCCGGCAAACGGGAAAACAUCUCUUUUUUACGACUCAUUGUAAUUCGCAGUGCUCCUGCUUGGACUUGGAAGUGGUGGUGGCGGAGUCUAGAAGGCACGCGUCGUUGCUGGAAUGUUUGCCUUUCUUGUGAGUGGAGAAGGAGGAGAGUGAUUACGGCGGGAGUUCUGGACGCGUCUUCUUACUCGGAAAGUGGUGAGUCGUUGUUGUGUUGUUGAUUGUCGGAAUUGUGGUUACCGAGAUACUGCAGUCGUCCUCUGGGGGAACCACAGACCUGGACGACAGUGAGUGGAAGACAGUGUUGGCGUGUUACUCCGUACUCGAGACCGGUAUACUACUACUGGUUUGCUGGAAGGAUCGUCGGAGCUUGUGUCUGCUUGAGUGAAGGAAUACCACGCGCAGGAGGGUUCUGGCCUAGUCGUCUGUCUAGGUGGACAAAGAGGAAGGUAGGUCAAGAAGAACCACGUGACUUUAUUGAGAGAGUCUUCAGUACUGCUGGGUCAACCUUGAAGACCUGCAUUCCGUGAAACUCAGCCUUACCUCUCUGCAUUUAAUUCCUCUUGUUUUUGUCGACUGUCUGACUGGGACCCGUCAUCAAGAGCCGGAAGCUCGCAACUGGAACGAACCAGACGAGCCAACAAGUCUUAUCUUUUCUCUGCUUGUGUUUACCGCCGCCUCUGACAACUCUACCGGAAGCCUUUUUUGAAAAGUGAUACUUGGGAGCGAGCGAUACGAAGACGAAGAAGGAAGGCGGUUCUCGUAAAGUCGCGCGCUGGCCGUUGAGACGCGCGAGGAGCGCUCUGCCCAGGAGCGGCAGAGGCAUUGCCAUGGCGCUCAGCAGUGGCCAUCCCGGCUUGGGCUUCUAGGCAAGAUGCGCAAAUGGUUCGGCAAGAGCAAGGAGGCUUCGACGCCGUCGCGCGCGGACUCGCCCAAGACCGGAUCUAAGCCACAGUCCAGGUCCUCGACCAAGGCCAAAGCCCUUGGGACCACAGAACUCCUGCACACCCCCAGUUCCUUGGAGAGUUCUGAUCGCGGUGGUUCCGAGGAAGAGGAAAUUGUCUGGACCAAUAACUCAAAUCAAUUUGAGAGGUUCCUGGAAGACGCCAAGAGGGUGUUUGAACAGAAAUGGAAUUCGCCUGCUACGAACACAGCCACCCUGGACGAUUUCGACCGGGUCAAGACACUAGGUACUGGCUCCUUCGGCAGGGUCAUGCUGGUCCAGCACAAAGAAAAGAAGGACUAUUAUGCCAUGAAAAUAUUAGAUAAACAAAAGGUAGUAAAGCUAAAACAAGUAGAACACACGUUAAACGAGAAGCGGAUAUUGCAAGCCGUUGACUUCCCCUUCCUGGUCAGGCUAGCGUACCACUUCAAGGACAACUCAAACCUCUACAUGGUACUCGAGUAUGUACUCGGAGGAGAGAUGUUCUCGCAUCUACGAAAAAGCGGCAGGUUUAGUGAGCCGCACGCGCGGUUUUACGGCGCUCAGAUUGUGCUGGCCUUCCAGUAUCUGCACUCUUUAGACCUCAUCUACCGAGACUUGAAGCCCGAGAAUCUUCUGAUUGACCACACGGGCUACAUCAAGGUGACGGACUUUGGCUUUGCCAAGCGGGUCAAGGGGAGGACCUGGACCCUCUGCGGGACCCCCGAGUACCUGGCCCCGGAGAUCAUCCUCAGCAAGGGCUACAACAAGGCUGUGGACUGGUGGGCGCUGGGAGUCCUGGUGUACGAGAUGGCGGCCGGCUACCCUCCCUUCUUUGCGGACCAGCCGAUACAGAUCUACGAGAAGAUCGUCUCGGGAAAGGUGCGCUUUCCGUCACACUUCACGUCUGACCUGAAGGACCUGCUGCGGAACUUGCUUCAGGUGGACCUGACCAAGCGCUUUGGCAACCUCAAGAACGGGGUUAACGACAUCAAGAACCACAAGUGGUUCGCCACCACCGACUGGAUUGCCAUCUACAAGAAGGAGGUGGAGGCUCCCUUCAUCCCCAAGUGCAAAGGCCCGGGAGACACGAGCAACUUUGACGAGUAUGAGGAAGAGGCCCUGCGCAUCUCCUCGACCGAGAAGUGUGCCAAGGAGUUUGCAGACUUCUAAGACGACGCCGCAGCCGAUGACGCCACCUUUGCACGCCGCUCUCGCGCACCCAAUGGGAGGGGGGAGGGACGACCGCCGCAGGAGAGAGCAGCCAACCAGACCCGAGGAAGAGAGAGAGAGGAUCCCACAAAGCGGACGAUGAGUCCCCAUUGUCCCACUCUUACCCGCUCCGUUUUCGUCGGGCCCCUUCCCCCCCCGUCGCAAAUACCCUUUCACGGCGGAGACGUUUGUCACGACGUCAAAGAGGCAUUCGGGUCGAAGCUCUUUUUUUUUUAUUAUUUUAUUGCAUUUCUGGCGCCCCACUUUUCAUUCAACGAAUGGCACGAGCCUGGAGGUACUACGGCACAAGUGACUGUCGUCGGUCGUCCUCUCGAGUGAAGAAAAAGAGGCACGGAGAAUACGGCCAUACGUCCGUUUGGCUUUGCGGACGAGUUCGGCUCUGUUUGAGUCCACGCUUGCUCGUUCGCUUUCUCCCCUUGCUGCACUCUUCCCCUUCCUCAUACAUCCCGCCACACUCUCUCUCUCUCUUUCCCUUUUUUUUUUUGUUGUAGACUACCAGAUGGCAAAGCGACCGGAAAAAAAAAAAGCGUACUUUGGGGAGCGAAGGCAAGAACGUACACACUCCUCUUUUCGUCACGGUCGUUCUUUGGGCUACGCCACGACGACAGUUACCAUAACUAUACUCUUUCUAGGCAGCAAUCAAGCGUUUUAAGGGAAAACAAACAAACAAAAAAAAAGGUUGUGUGUGCAUGUGUGUUUGGGUGCGUGCGCGUGCAUGUAGAUUUGUUUCUCGUAAGCAUAGUGCCACUUUUGCCUCGCUUUCUCCUUUCUAGCUAUUUCUUGUUUUGUCUUUUGUUUCCCUGCACGCCACAGCCCCAAGUGGCACUGUGACCACGGAGAAAAACCUUGCUACGAGCAAAGUCUUUAUUAUUUUUUCUUUGCACAUUGACUGUUGGCUGGAAAAACGUACCGCCCUACCCGACCCGCCCCUUCGCACCCAACUCCCCAAUUUGUUUUUUGUUGUAUGUGUUUAUUUGAUUUUCUGGUGUUCUUUGCACCACCACUACCACCUCCGCUUCUCUCUCGACCUGUAAUCGUUUGUCACUGCCGGGCACCACAAAUCGAUCGCUUCCAAACGCCCCUAGUUAUUUUUUUUCGGUCCCUUUCACUCGCUCAUCCUUGUUCGGUGUGCGUGCAUAGCCUGUGUGUGAUUUGCACGGCGACCGCUGGCGUCUCUUACCGCGUCUUGUGUCUGGAAUGCCCGAAAUCACUCAGUUUUGACGAGUUUCUGUUUUUUCUUCUUGAUUCAUUUUUCUUGGGUACCCACUGCCACUCUUUCAUGCAGUGUUCGUGUAGCGGUCGGUUUCAAUUCUAGGUGUGUGACUCUUGGAGGAAAAAAAAAAAGCACUACACGAAGUUCUCGUCCACACGCAUCGUCCCCUCUUGGCAACGGUGGCGGUGGCGAUGUCGUCAGACCGGUGGCUUACCCCGCGCCACAUUUUAAUGAGAGUUUGACCGUGCCUGUACAUAGAAGCAUAUAUAUGUUUGCUAUAUGCAAUACUAACUACACAAGUCCCCCCCCCCCCUCCUACGGAAUACACUACCAGCUUCACAUUUUUUCCGACUUUUACGGGGAAGUUUGUCGCCCUGAAAUUAGCUUUUGUGCUCUCCCUCUUCCCUUCUUCCUUAUCACCUUCCUGUUUUACUUUCGGUGAAACUUUUUUCUGACGAACACGACCACACUUUGUAGAAACGGGGCUCGAUUGACGGGCUGAACAGACUAACCGUCGUUGCGGCUCCGCAUCGGUCGGAAUCGGGUGGAGCUUUUCCCGUUCGGUUCUUCUCCCUUAGAGCGUAGACGUCGCCUACUCUUGGAAAGGCGUGACAAAUACUUUGUGUCUUGUUUUUGUUUUUAGUUUUUCCAAUUGAUUGCAAGACAACUUUCUUUGAUGCCCACAUUCUGGAUUAAAAAUCUGCACGUGCAUAAACAAUUGCGACAACUUUGGAAGCUUAUGUUUGGGAGCUACGUUAUAUCAUGUCGGUCGACACAAAGUUGAGAAGAACGGCGUUGCUAGGUGAUGCAAUCUUAAAGCACCAGUAUUUAGUGUGGUUCGGCGACUUGGCUCCUUGUCCAAACUGCUCAGCUACGCGUUUGUUUUCGAGCCUUUUAAGAGAGAAAAGGACCGCACUCAGCUAAUCUUGUUGGACAACCAAAUUCUGGCGACUUUUGCAAAGGGCCGUCAUAAGGCGAUCGAAGCUGUUUCUUGCCGGCAUUUCGUCUUUGUCCCUCAAUUUCUGUUGGUAAACCAUGGCGCCCGAGUUUGCCUGUUGGUAUUUCGAACCUGGACCGAGAUGAAAAGUUAAUCAAAUGAAACGUCGGUCUUACAGCGGCGGUUGGAAUGCUCCCUCGCAAAGAAAAAAAGGGAUGCGUGCAAUGUUGUCGUUCCGGAGUGUUUUUUUUUCCCGCCUUCCAUUGCAUUGCGUCGUCCUGUGCAACCUUAUCAAAGGACGCAAGGAGACUUUUUUUUCUCUCCUGCAUCUCGAUUUUAUUAAACUCUUGUCUUAUGUUUUUGCCAUAACUGCACUCUUUUUUUUUUCAAGCAUCCCGCCCCCCCUUUUCUCCUCCUCCUUUCUUCGUGAGCAUGUUGUUGUGAGUGUGCGUACUUCGCAUUUUUUUGUAAAAUGCAGACUAAAAGGGGCACUUGAAGAGUGGAGACCAUAGGAAUGUGUACCACCAUUAUUUUAGUUGCUGUUUUUUUUUUUCUUGUUUUGUUGAGAGGUUAGGUUUGUUUCCCUUGCCCACCCUCAUUAGAGCAUUCUUCAUCCUCUGCUCUCUUGCCACCAUCCCUCACCCCUCCCGAUCCUCCCCUCCCUUUCGUGAGAAUUAGCAGAGUUUCUUGGGACGUUGCCCUGAGGUAUCUUUUUAUCUAGUCCAGCUCACAAAAUCGAUAUGUAUACACACGCCAACACACACAGAAGAUAUCGCAGAGAGCAGAUUAAAUUUUGGCGAGGACCUCCCCCCCUUCCCUUCCCAAGGAUUUAUUGUUCCCCUCUUCCCCCCUGGACCCUUCCCCAUACUUCCCCAGUUCGGAUUACCCUGUGCAGUCAUUCGUUGCUUGCUGAUUUUUAGCCUUGUAUAUUUGUUAACUUGUGGUUGGAGCUGUUCUUGUAUUAAAAGUUGUUAUACUAAA